UGAAGACAUCUGUUGUUGGUUUGAAACACCUAAGUCGAUAAGUUAGAAAUCUUGAAAGUCACAUGAUAGAUCGACAGAUGACAUACGUUUGCUGUCAAACAUUAGCUGUUAAAAAAUAAAGUUGGGAAGAUCACAGUCUGAUAAAAAACAUGACAGAUAUUGAUCGAAUAUGCUGUGUCCUAGACAAACUAACCUUAGAUGCUUUAACUUUAAUGGAGGAAGACAUUCAAAUCAAACUUAAUGUCGAAAACGCCAUGUGCGGGGGCGAAACGCAUCUGGCUAAAUCUCGAUACAUUCUGGGCCAAAAUAGUGUCUCAUCAUUACAGCUACCUACAGAAAACAGUCCUGAAUUUGAUGCUUUGACUCGAGUACAUUUGGAAGAAAGUGAUGAGUCUUUGGGAGAGAAAUCGAGGGAAUUGGAGGUAACUAAGAAAGAAGACCAAAUUGAUCCUGUUAGGUGGUUUGGGUAUUUAGUGCCACAAGAUUUGUUCCAUGCACAAAACAUGUUUAAACAGGCUCUUCAGUGGAUUAUUAGGGGUGUCAAUGUCCAAACUAGAUUAAUUGAGACUUGUAAUACAAUUGAACAGUUGAAAGUGUUAAAGAGGGAGGUGUUGGUUUAAAAUUAGUUUAAUUAUUUCCUUGUAAAUAUGGAUUUUUUCGAUUAAAAUAAAGUUUUACAGAUA